CCCUGCGACACUUCGCAGUUCGGUUGAAACCGCCGAUAAGCGCGCUUGUGUUAAGUGACUGCGCCCACUACACGAUCGCGCACGCGCUUCUGCGAUCUCGACGACGCAGAAUCUUACAGAUUACCAAACACAAAUUGCAACCACCCCCUUUACAAACCCAAUGUGACAGUGACAUUUCGGGGAGUGGAUGACAGCUUAGGACAUUGUUAUGUUUGUGUAAAAUUUAUCGGUGACAAAAUCGUAAAGUGUAGCGUGAAAAAACAGUGAACGGCUCGUAUGAGUUUAGUGUUUUUAAUAUUAUAUUCAGUGAUAAUGAUAUCGGGCGGGUAGUGCGAUGAUGCGCAAGGAGAGUGGGACGGUGUGCGCGCUGGACGCCGCCGACUGCCUGACCCUGCAGCAGAUCCUGCAGGCCUUCAACUCCAACGUCAGCGAGGAACACGCAUGGGCGCUGUUCUACCAGGCCUCGCGCUGCUUCCAAAAGUGUCUGGCCGACGGAGCCGCCUGCUUUCUUCCCUCGCAGCUGACCCAUGUGCUGCUACACAAGGACGGCGCCGUGCAUCCCGAUACGCUGCUGAACCCUAGAGAUGACAGUAGCAGACAACGUGUUAAAUCAGAAUACGAGCUGGUGGUGAACCUGGCGAUAGUGGUGUACCAUGCGCUGGACUACACGCACGGGGAGGACGAGGAGCGGCUCGUCUCGCCCGAGCUGGAAGCGCUCAUCACCGACAUGACCAACGGGAACGUUGCGGAGGAGGAGGAGGAGUGCGGCAUGUCGGAGGGCUCGGAGACGUCGGAGGGCGGGCGCGCCGACACGGACGACGAGGGCAUCGAGCGCGACGCCGAGCCCGCGCCGCGCCGCCGCCGCCGCCUGCGCACCUUCCUGCUCAAGGACGUCAUCGAGCGGUGCGUGUGGCACUGCGGCGGGCGCGGCGGGCGCGCGCGCGACGCGGCGGCGGCGGCGGCGCACUACCGCGCCGUGUGCCGCGCGCUCGUGGCCGAGGCGCUGGAGCUGGCGUCGUUCCUGGCGCGCGUGCGCGUCACUGCCGCGCGCGACCUCGGCGCGCACGAGGACUCCGCCAAGCAUCUCGACACGCUGCACUUCUCCGACUGGUCAAACCGAAGGAUUUGGAGAGCGCUACAAGCGCGAUUCUGGAUGCAAGUGAUCGGGGAGCUGCGCAUGGGCGUGAAGCUGAAGAAGGUGAACUACUCUCGGACGCCCAUCGAGUACGAGCUCACGCCCUAUGAGAUCCUCAUGGACGACAUCCGCUCGCGCCGCUACACGCUGCGCAAGGUCGACGGCGCCAUCCCGCAGAAUGUUAAGAAAGACGCACACGCAAUGAUACUCGAAUUUAUAAGAAGUAGACCUCCACUCAAAAAGGCGUCGGAGCGCAAGCUGGCGCCAGCGCGGCGCGAGGUGACGCCGCGCGAGCAGCUGCUGCGCUCCAUCCAGCUCGGCCGCCCGCUGCGCCCCACGCCCUACUCGCUGCACUCGGCCCACUCGGCCCACUCGGCCCACUCGCCCCGCUCCGCCUACUCGCGUGCACACUCGACAAGCGGAGGCGUGAGCGGCAGCGGGCCGGGCGGCGGGGGCGCGGGCGGCGGGGAGGCGCGGCGUGCGGCCGGCGGGGACGUCACGCCGCACGCGCCGCCGCAGCGGAGGCUCAUCAAAGUUGACUUUGAUAAUCUUGAGGACGACGAGGACGAAGAGGACACGGAGACGUGCGCCAGCCCCGAGCGGCCGCUGCCGCUGCCGCGCCUCAGCGCGCCCCGGCAGCCGCCCAAGCCGUGGAAGAGAACCGUGGAGCCCCCUCGAGCGCCGCCGCGCGCACACAUCUCGCACCACGAGUACCACCAGUUCUGCGACGAAACUCUCGAAUCGUACGACCUGGCGACGCAGUGCCCGUCGCGCCGCGCCUCCAUGCGGCGCCACACGCUAGCUCACGCCGUGCCGCCCGCGGACGGCGCGCAGUCGCUGCCCCACUCCAGGCCGGGGUCGCGUGCGUCCUGCGGGGGCGGCGCGUCGCUGGCGAGCAGCGAGGCGGAGGGCGCGGCUGAGCUGUCGUGGUCGCGCUCCUCGCUGCAGGACGAACUCAUCAAGUCGGUUAGUGGCAGCCCCCUGUCCGUCUCGCAUAAGCAAUGGCAAGAGGCGAUCAUGAGUGAGGAGCGGCUGUCGCUGACGCUGGAGGAGAUCGUGCACAUCCGCUCCGUGCUCACCAAGGCGGAGCUGGAGGUUCUGCCCGUCGAGGGCCGAGUCAAAGAGGACGUGGAGAAGAGACGGGUCUGUUUCCUGUGUCUAAAGACGAGAUUCGGCAUAUUCGGACCUUGGGGACAAAAAUGUAAACUAUGUAAAAAGACUGUCUGUCAAAAGUGCUGUUCUAAGAUGCGCAUCCCGACGGAGCACUUCGCGCACGUUCCGGUGGUGCUGCUGAGUCCGUCGCUGCUGCCCUCGCCCGACGACGAGCCCUCCUCCUUCCCGCGCUCGCUCAUGGCGCGCCUCGUCUCCGCCGACCACAACGGGGCGGUGGAGAACAGCGUCGGCAGCGCGCCCAGCAGCCCGGCGGCGGCGCGGCGGGCGGGCGGAGCGGGGGGCGCGGGGGGCGCCGGGGGCGCGGCGUCGGCGCCCGGCUCGCGCGGCGGCUCGGCGCUGGGCUUCUGCGAGCCGCUGUCGGUGCCGCCGGGCGCCAUGUCGCGCAGCGCGGACGGGCCGCCCAGCAUGCCGUGCCCGGCGGCGCGGCGCGGCGGAGGGGGGGCGGCGGCCGAGCGGCUGCGCGGCGUGCAGAUGGCCGUGUGCCACGACUGCAAGGCCAUGGUGCUGCAGAUCAUCAAGUCGUCGCGCGCGUCGCGCUCCGCGUCGCGGGACCGCGCGCUGCGGCACCUCACGCUGGACCUGGCGCCCGUCUACACGGCCGACUGCUAGCCGCGAGCCGGCCUGCGUCUAUCGCACAAAGAGUCUCGGAUCGAUUCCGAUGAAGAUUUUUACGCGACGCGAAUGUAUAAUUGAAGAUACUCGACUGUGUUAAAUGUGAUGAUGAAUUUUAAAGUGAAUCCAUAUUUUGUCACCGUGUAAUAGAUGUAUUUAUGAUAUAUUUUUCCGAAUAGAAUUUUUAAAUUUUAUGUCUACAAUUUAAAUGUGAAUCGUAAUAAUCUGUGUUCAAAUGUUUAAAUGCUAUGAAUGUUAUCUUAUGAAGAAUUGUAUAUAUGAAUGUUAAAAUGUGAACCCAUUUCUCUACGUGUACUCGAUGCCGAGUGCCGCGUCUCGCGAGUCGGUGGACGCGUCGACUUGACUCUGUUUGACUUGUAACGAAAAUAUUUAAACUGUAAUAGUGUAUACUUGACUUCGAAGGAAGCGUGAGCGCGUGAUCGAACGCAAUCAUGGUUCCGCACGUCACCCGUGUGCCAUACGCCUGCCGCCGUGAGCGUGCGCAUGUACACCGUACGCCGUACGCCCGUACCCGCGUACCCACGUACUCACGUACUCACGUACACACACGCACGCACAAUAACGCCCACCCGCCCACGCCAGCUGAUCGUUGAGGACUCGAUAUUGACAUAUUAUUUAACUCAACAGACUGGGCUAAUGUCAGGCUUAUAUUUCAAUUGGAAUUAUUUAUCUAUAUAUUUAUCUUAAGCUUAAAUGGAGCUGGUAAAUGUUGGCUCUAAGUUUUCCUAUAUACAUAUAUCUAUCUAUAUAAAUAUACGUAUAGUACUUUUUAAAGAUAUUGUUACUUUUAAAGUUUCUCGUGGAAAGUGACAAGUAUCUUUAUCGAAACAUGAUCCGUUGGCCAUUUAAUAUUUUUCAUAAGCUCAGUUAUCCUACAUCAACAUCAUAAAUCUCAUAACUUAAACAAUUUUUAUAAUAUGACAACAAUUGAUUUGACUUGUUAUGCCGACUAAGUGUUAUAAGCAUGCUAAAGCUUUUUAUUGUAUUCAAUUUUUUUCAUGUUAAUAAAGCCACAAAAACUAAAAUUAUCGUAAAAAAUUCCUGUCCAAUGAAAAAGCUAAUAUAUGGAAACAUGGCGCCAACAUUGGGUCUGAUUAACUGAAAUAAGGUUACAAAAUAUCCUACUUCAUCAUUCCUUAGGUUUAUUUAGAAUAAAUUAAAUUAUUUUGCCAAAUAUAUAAGCGAGCUCCAUAAACAUGUAAAUAUAGAUUACUCCCUGCCUUGGUUAGAAAUACUUAGGUUCGAUUGUUCGUAAAUGUAACAAUAACUCACUACUGCGGCUUCUUCGAACUGGGACUCGAGCUCCACUCCAACACUAAACUGCUCACUCACCGGUGUCUUGCCAAAUUCUUAUUUACACUAUGCACAUAAUGUAAAACACAGUUACAACAAAUCAAAACUUUAACAAAAAUCUAAUGUUGUAAUACCUACCACAUUUUGGCCUAAUUUUAUUUUUUCCUUCGAGAAUUAUAUGAGAGUUAUUUAUAGAACAUAAUACUUGAAAUGUCUAAUACUGUUAUGUGUAUCGAAUUCCCAGUUGAUAAUCUUGUAAAUGUAUGUAAAUUUUAGUAGUCUAUAUUAGAUGUUACAUAGGUUGUAAAAAUCAAAAGCAAACCUAAAACAGAAAAAAAA